AUGAAUUAUCCGUUCUUUUCUGAUAUGGAUAUUUUUCACCAGUCAAAAUCUGCCGAAUUCCCUCCUCCAGUAUCUAGUUCGACGACUCAUCAGUAUUAUACAAAUGGUGGUUCCAUGUCACCAAACUCCUCCACGAACUAUCUAAAGGAAGAUGCUUUGUGCAUUGUGCCAUACAGUGAUAUUUACAGUUCAUUAGAAAAUAUGGGUUCCUUUUUUGAAUCGCAAACAUUAGGUUCUCAACAUCAAAAUAGCUCAUCCUGCGAACAAAAAUUGGAAGAAAUUCGAUCACAAACAACCAUAGUUCACAAGAAAACUUCUACCAGACACAAUAUUCAGAAAUCUCGCCCUAUUCCAGUCGUGAUGAAGAAGCAGCGCCUCGCAGCCAACGCCCGUGAACGAAGCCGAAUGCACAGUCUCAACAUUGCUUUCGACCGACUGCGGGAAGUGGUCCCUUCAAUUGGAAGCGAUAGAAAACUGUCCAAAUACGAGACACUGCAGAUGGCUCAAAGUUAUAUCUCAGCUUUAGUAGGAAUUCUGGAGAAAGACUAA